GUUUGAGUUUGUCCCUUGCAGCCCACCACCAUGGCGAGCACGGCGACCCCUCUUGAGCCAAUAUUCUCCUUCGUCGUCGAGUCCUUGCUGGCACUCGAAAGGGCCUUUUACAGUCUGCCAGGCUCUGGCAUCAUUGAGCGGUAUAUCAGGAGCUCCCACCAGAAUGACCCGGGUCGCACGCUGCUGGAACUCAUCCUGGUCGUGUUGGUCAUACGGACUCUUCUCCAGUCUCGAACAAGGGCCGAUAGGACUGGGAAAAGCUUCAUCAAAUUUUCUGACAAGGAAGUCGAUGAGCUGGUCGACGAAUGGGUUCCAGAGCCUCUCUCACUCCCCUUGACCUCUCAGGAAGAACUCGAGCUUUCCUCUGUACCAGUCGUCGUCGGUCAGAGCGGGCCUAAGCCAAAACUCGCCGCGACGGGCAAAGUCGCAGUCAGCUUGUCUGGCCUCAACUUCACCGGUCUGGCUGGCAACGAGCACAUCAAAGCAAAGGCUAUCGAAGCGCUCAGGAAAUAUGGUGUUGGCAGCUGUGGUCCUGCUGGAUUCUACGGCACUACUGACGCCCAUUUGGCCUUGGAGCGGGAUAUCGCAGAUUUUCUGGGCACGGAAACUGCUAUUCUCUAUUCUCAGGGAUUUUCUACCAUCACCUCGGUCAUUCCGGCAUUCUGUAAACGUGGGGACAUUAUCGUUGCUGACCGUGGUGUCAGUUUCCCUAUCCAGAAGGCAAUGCAGAUCUCUCGUUCCAUCAUCCGCUGGUACGACCACAAUGACUUGCAGAGUCUUGAGGAGGUACUUCAGGGUAUCGAAAAAGAACGAAAAAAGAAACGGGGACCUCUCACCAGGCGGUUCAUCGUUACGGAAGGAAUAUUUGAGAAGGAUGGUCUGAUGGUGGAUCUUCCCAAGCUAAUUGAACUGAAACUGAAAUACAAGUAUCGUCUAAUCCUCGAUGAGUCAUACUCGUUUGGUAUCGUCGGACGGACCGGUCGUGGUCUCACCGAGCUGUACAACGUUCCCGCUUCAAAGGUGGACAUGCUUCUCGGCUCUGUCGCCAUCGGACUUUGUGCAGCUGGAGGUUUCUGUGCCGGAACAGAAUUCGUCACUGAACAUCAGCGAAUCAACGGCCUAGGCUUCGUCUUUUCCGCCUCCAUGCCUCCGCUCCUUUCCGUCAGUGGCUCAGAGGGUAUCAACAUCCUUCGCUCCUCCCCAUCCAUCUUCGAAUCUCUGCAGGAAAAUGUCCGAGCCGCACGCGCCAUCCUUGAUCGUGUCGACUGCAUCACUAUACCCUCUCACCCCGCCUCGCCCAUGAUCCACAUCCAGAUUCGCUCACCCUCUGUCCCAACCCUGCACCCGUCCGCUGCUGCGCAUCUGUCUCUCAAACCAUCGAACCCGUCGUUUAUUCUGCCAAAGGAUGCAAGCAACUGGGAUUGGGAUGUCGAGACGGAGGAAGUUUUGCUCCAUGAGGUCGUUGAGGAGGCCCUUUCGCAGGGCGUCAUGAUCGCCAAGGCGCAGAGGCUGCGAGGUCAAGAGAUGGUUGAAGUCAGGCCGAGUAUCCGACUGGCGAUGACUAGUACGCUCACUAAGAAAGAGACGGAGAAGGCUGUUGGCAUUGUGAAAGCCUCUCUGGUGAAGGUUCUUGGAAAGAGGAGACUCUAAAUCUUUCACAGCAGCUACCUUUUGGGUCUCUAUGCUAAGAUAUCUUCUUAAUCUUCUCUUUAGACUCACUACUACCACAAUACAAUCUCUUCUGCUGUACAAAUCUUCGGAAACCUCAGCUUCU